CAGACAGGUGGGCGUCAGGCCCCGGCGCCGGCGGCGGAAGAAGCCCGCGCCUGGAGACGCCGCGUCGCGACCCCCGCGCCGGCGGGAGCGGGCGGCCGGCGUCAUGACCUUGUUCCACUUCGGGAACUGCUUCGCUCUCGCCUACUUCCCCUACUUCAUCACGUACAAGUGCAGCGGCCUGUCCGAGUACAACGCCUUCUGGAAAUGCGUGCAGGCCGGGGUCACCUACCUCUUUGUGCAGCUGUGCAAGAUGCUGUUCUUGGCCACUUUCUUCCCCACCUGGGAAGGCGGCAUCUACGACUUCAUCGGGGAGUUCAUGAAGGCCAGCGUGGACGUGGCAGACCUGAUCGGCCUAAACCUCGUCAUGUCCCGGAACGCCGGCAAAGGAGAGUACAAGAUCAUGGUCGCUGCCCUGGGCUGGGCCACCGCCGAGCUCAUCAUGUCCCGCUGCAUCCCGCUCUGGGUCGGAGCCCGGGGCAUUGAGUUCGACUGGAAGUACAUCCAGAUGAGCAUCGACUCCAACAUCAGCCUGGUGCACUACAUCGUGGCGUCUGCGCAGGUGUGGAUGAUAACGCGCUACGACCUGUACCACACGUUCCGGCCGGCCGUGGUCCUGCUCAUGCUGCUCAGCGUCUACAAGGCCUUCGUCCUGGAGACUCUCGUCCACCUCUGCUCGCUCGGCAGCUGGACGGCACUGCUGGCCCGAGCGCUGGUGACGGGGCUGCUGGCCCUCAGCACGCUGGCCCUGUACGUGGCUGUUGUGAACGCGCACUCCUAGGCUGGGCGGCCAGCGCGGACAUGCCUCCUGCCUGCCUCCUGCCUGCCUCCUGCUCGCCCCGGUGUGAGUGAAGUAAACAGUGUUGGAAA